AUGAGGUAUCUUGGCACAGCCCAGGACUUCUCAGGAACGAACGAAUAUUAUCUUGUUGCCCCUAUCAAAAUCGUCCCAUACGUCUACUCGCCGCUGCCACAAAAUCACAUCAGGCUUCUCACUAUUAAUCCUGGCCACACCGCCGACGAUAUAGGGUCCGAAGAGAACCCCAGGCUGGUCUAUGACGGCCAAGACCGCCAGCCAACCAUCUCGGCGACCCAGAACCUAGACAACGCUCUGAGGCAUCCUCGACAUCCCGAUCAACCUCGGAUCAUGUGGAUCGACGCCAUCUGCAUCAAUCAGUCGGACAACGAGGAAAGGGGAAAGCAGGUGGCUAUGAUGGGAGACAUCUACCGGGGCGCCGCACGCAUCGUGGUUCGGCUUGGUCCGGAAAAGGACGACAGCGACCACGCCAUGGGUGCCGUGGAUACUAGUCUGGGCGACGAAAAAGCGAUACUGCCUUUCGACAACAAAGAUAUGGAUGCAAUAUAUUACCUGCUAUCACGGCCAUGGUUCAGCGGGCUGUGGAUCUGGCAGGAGAUCUAUCUAGCCCAAAAGACGGCCUCGGUCCAGUGCGGGGAGCGUGAUAUCCCCUGGGACGAUCUAAGAAACGCAAUGGUUGCCCUGCAUCGGAUGAGGCACCAAAAAAUACGAUCGCGAAGACGACUGGGCCUGGGCAUCCUGGCAGAAUGCCAGCUCGGAGACGACCUGGCGCGGACCAGCUGGGUGCCGGACUGGUCGGCCAAGUCGCAGACGGGGAAAUACAUCACCCAUACCGACGCGUCGUCUCAGUUGUCUCCUUACAUCCGUCGUCGUCAAGGCGAGUCUACAACGCUGCAAGUCGCCGGCGUGGUGGUUGCGGCGAUCACGGGUGUGCGGCCACCCAACAUCGUCCCUUCUUCUUCCGCGACCGAGGUCACGGAGGCUAUCAAGAGGGUGACCCGGGACAUCGUCGUCUCUGGUGGAUACUUAUGCCCGCACGCUUUUGUGCAACGAGGCUGGGCCAUUGGCCGGCAGCUCGUCAAGACGGCGAGUAAUUCCGUUGGGUUGGUACCGCGCGCGGCGAAAAGCGGCGAUGUCAUCUGCGUUCUCCUGGGCUGCGAGGCGCCCGUCCUGCUACGCCCGGCGGUUCUGGGGCCACUGCCGGCCGACAUUCGCGCUGUUGGGGUUCUCCUCCCGCGGGGGCUAAUAUCGGGGUUUAAGAAUGAGGUUAUUGGCGAGGUUAGCAUAGAGGAUCCGCGGCUUGCGGCGUUGGGCUUGGAUCCGGAAACCCUUGAUAAGUUCCGCAAGGAGCUUGGUGAGGACCCGUGGAUUAGGAUGGACGUAGAUGUUGAGGUUCUAAGAGUAAAAAGAGUCCACGUUCAGUUCCUAGAUCUUGUCUGA